UUGCUGGCGAGUGUAUGUAUACAUACUAUGUGUUUCAUGUGCGUAGACUUCACAUUUCCGCUCACGCUCAGUUAAUUUCUUUUACGGAAAUUACUUCUUGCACGUUGCUUCGAACAUAACCUUGCAACGAUUCUGUUAGCACUGUUAGCAGUUAUUAUUUCACAGUCUUGACUAAAAAUCAUCUUUAAUUAUUCUCAGGAAGAAUAUCUAUUUCGAAAUGAAGACUAAGAUAGAGCACAAGAAAGGAAAAAAACGGUCGCUUAGCGAGACUUCCAUUUCCAUAAAGUCGAAUCAGAAACAAGUGGAUGUUAACGAAUCCAAUAAGAGUCUCAAAAGAGCUAAAUUUGUUUUUAAUUCCAAGCAAAAUGGGAAUCCUAUAGUGGGAGAAAAAGCGCUAAUCUCUAAAGCAAUGGAUAAGCAGAAAAAGGGGCACAAUAAGAUAGUAAAGCAGCAAAGUGGCAUUGUAAAAUCACCAGAAACGAAGAGGGAUACAGAAGAAAAGAUACAAUUAACUAUGAUUAAGCCUAAGAAAGAGACUGUCGGUAAAACUAGCAGUCGGUCAAGGAGGAGACGUCCUUACAACAAUAUUAAUCUUACUACGGAACAAAUAACAAAAAAGAUAACUGAAAUUAAGAACAGAGAAGUGUUGUCAAAGAGAGCAAAAAAGAUACUGGGUAUACUUAACAGAAAAUUAAGGGAAUUUGAAUUGGAAAAAUUAGACACAGGAAAGAAAAGUAACAAAGAAGCAGAAUAUCGCGCAUUGAUGAAAAAUAGACAGAAAGCUAAUGAUGAGGAUAAAAUGAAAGUAGAAAAAAAACAUGUUGAAAGCAAAAGUAAACUGCAGGAGGAAGAUGAAGAUGACAGUGAUAUUGAGGAGGAAAGUGAUGAGGACGAAAGUGAUGAAAGCGAGGCUGAAAAUGAACUUGUAGGCUUUAAAAAAGAAAAGAUUGGCGAUGAAAGUGAUGAGGAUGAAGAGGAUGAAGAGGACGAUGAGGAUGAAGAAGUAGAGGUAGAGAAUGAAGAAGAUGAAGAAGAAAUAGAUGAUGAAGAGGAUACAUAUGAUGAAGAAGAUGAGGAAGAUGAGGAGGACGAGGAAGAAGAGGAUGAAGAAUUAAUUAAAAAAGCAAAAAUUUCUGAAGUAAAAAAGAAAGAAGUACAAAAUAAGAACAAACAAGUUCCGCAACCUUUAGAUAAUCAGAAAAAAGGUGAGGUGAAGAAGAAACGAUAUGUCUUGUUUGUGGGCAAUUUACCAUUAAAUAUAACCGAGAAUGAGAUCAAACAGCAUUUCUUGACUAAAGUUAAUACAAUAACUAGCAUUAGAAUUCCAACUAAGCCAGAUAAAACACCACGUGGCUUUGCAUACGUGGAAGUGACAAAUAAUAUAGAUUUUGAGAAAGGUCUCUCGUUAAAUCAUACAUUCUUAAAGAACAAGAGAAUCAAUGUUCAAUUAUCGAUGCCCAUGGGCGGCAAAAAGGAAGAUGUUACUAAGAAGCUUAUAGCUGCAAAAAAUCUGAAGCUGCAAGCGCUUCAGAAGGCUGGAAAAUUGGCGUCUCCUGACGGGAAUCAAAAAAAGAAGCUAUUUAAAAAGGAGAAAUAGGAUACUGAAGAAUCGAAAAUAUAAUAAAAUAAAUAGAAUUAAUUAACGAAAGGACUAUGCAAAAUCAUUUGUUUCAAUUCUUAGUAUUAUGAAUGAAAAAAAAGCGACUUUAAUAAGAAAGCAAUUUUUUUUAUGUCAGUGAUAAAAUAUUGUUUUAAAUAUAUUUCUACGAUCACAUUAAUACUAUUUCAAAUGUAAUCUUAGAUAAAUAUACCAAUUAUAUUGAACC